GAACCAACACAUCAAUUUACUUCUUCAAUUCACAUUGUUUAAUUUCCAUAUUCAACUAUGGCUUAUUCCAACAAAAUAUUCCAAUGCAUUUCAUUGGCUUUGGUUGUUCUUUUUGGAAUCUUGUCUUUAGAGGCCAAUGCUAGGAUUCUUGAAGAUUCCAUAAUGCAUGAGAGACAUGAAAAAUGGAUGGUUCAACAUGGAAAAUACUAUAAAGACUCUAAUGAAAAGGAAUUAAGGUUCAAAAUUUUCAAAGAAAAUGUUGAACGAAUUGAGGCCUUCAAUAGUGAUGGAAACAAGUCUUACAAGCUUGGUAUUAAUCAAUUUGCUGAUCUAACAAAUGAUGAGUUUAAGGGUAGGAAUAAGUUCAAGGGUCACAUGUGUUCCACAAUCACAAAGACACCAACAUUUAGGUAUGAAAAUGUGAGUGCUGUUCCACCUUCAAUUGAUUGGAGACAGAAAGGUGCUGUCACACCUAUUAAGGACCAAGGCCAAUGUGGAUGUUGUUGGGCAUUUUCUGCUGUGGCAGCAACAGAAGGAAUCACAAAACUAACAACAGGGAAACUAAUCUCCUUAUCAGAACAAGAGCUUGUUGAUUGUGACACAAAAGGUGUGGACCAAGGUUGUGAAGGUGGUCUAAUGGACAAUGCAUUCAAAUUCAUAAUCCAAAACAAAGGGCUCACAACAGAAUCCAAUUAUCCAUACACAGCAUCUGAUGGAACAUGCAACACAAAAGCAGAAUCAAACCAUGCAGCCAGCAUUAAAGGGUUUGAAGAUGUACCUGCCAACAGUGAAAGUGCACUUCUAAAAAGUGUUGCCAAUCAACCAGUUUCCGUUGCCAUUGAUGCUAGUGACUUUGGUUUCCAGUUUUACUCAGGUGGUGUUUUCACUGGAUCUUGUGGUACUAGUUUGGAUCAUGGUGUCACUGCAGUUGGUUAUGGAGUUAGUGAUGAUGGAACUAAGUAUUGGUUGGUUAAGAAUUCAUGGGGUGAGACAUGGGGUGAACAAGGUUACAUUAGAAUGCAAAGAGAUAUUGAUGCUAAACAAGGUUUGUGUGGCAUUGCAAUGCAAGCUUCUUACCCUACUGCAUAAUUGUUAUUAGGUGAAAACUCAGGUGCAGUUGAUUUUACAUGAAGUUGAUAAUUGAAAGCAGUUAGAUGAUUUGACUGAUUUGACUAAAUUUUCAUCUAAUGACUCUCAUCUAUCAACUUCACGUGAAGUCAACUGCAGCUGUUCAUCUUGUUAUUACUUGUUUUAUGUAAUAGUGAAAUUUAAGCCACUAUAUAUACAAAAAUGAUAUAUGUA